AUGACGAUGCCUUCGCUAUCAACAACACAACGGCACGGAGUUAUCAGUGACCUCUCUCAAAACCAUGCUCACCCCGGAACCCCUAUUCAGACUCUCCCACAAGAUAUCUACGAGCCCUCGGACUGUGAAUCUGACCACUCGGAUGACGAGGAAGUUGAUCUUUCCCGACAGCCUCCGGCCACAGCAGUAGCUACUACGCCCCGCCAAUUGGAGGAUGGGCUCGCUAAGCUUGAUUCUACUCCGUCUCCUAGAGUCACCAUCAUCUCCACCCCACUUUCUCUCACUGACAGAGAGGACGAACCCGAUUGUCCUGUCAUACUUGCUGGGCUGGAUCCGAGCCCGUUGCCCCCGAAGAAAGGGUCCCGAACCUAUCGCUACUUUCGUUACAAUUUUGGUUCUGUCUACCGCCGAAUCUUCUGCCUGGCCUUCUUGGGCAACCUCUCGGCCCUCGUCGUCCUCGCUGCCAAACACGGGCUGUCAAGUCAGGCUGAGAGGUUCACCUAUCAACAGGCCAGUAUAGCGGUCACGGCCAACGUUUUGGCCGCGCUGCUGGUCAGAAAUGAGCAUGUGGUCAAUGCUUUCUUUUGGGUCUUUGCCGACAAGGCUGUCACCAAGUACCUCCCUCUGAGAGCCAGGAGGUUGGGGGCCAAGAUCUACUCCUACGGCGGUGUCCAUUCCGGGUGUGCCGUGGCUGCUACGGCGUGGUACAUUGCGUUUCUUGUGCUCCUGACGCUGGAAUGGACUGGUUCCGACAUCGCCGAGGAUCAAGGGAUGGUGAAGGGAUACAUCUACCUCGUCAGCUACACCAUCCUCGCACUCUUGGUCAGCAUGCUCGCGACCGCAUGGCCCGAGUUCCGAAGAAGGUGCCACAACUGGUUUGAAGGCGUCCACCGGUUCAUGGGAUGGACGGCGGUGUUUUUGUUUUGGGUGCAGGUCUUGCUUCUCACUUAUGAGAACUCCUCCCACGAUUUCGGCACGGGGCUCGUGCAGUCACCCAACUUUUGGAUGUUGGUGGUCAUCACGGGCUUGGUCGUCUACCCUUGGACAAGGCUAAGGCUCAGAAAGGUCGAGGCCGAGGUGCUAUCGAGCCAUUGCGUCAAGCUCAAUUUUGAGUACAGGGAUGUGCACUAUGGGCAGGCAGUCAAAUUGACCGACAACCCUCUGAGAGAGACGCACGGGUUUGGGGUCAUCCCUCAUCCGUAUGCUCCAAAGACUGAAGAUGCCACCCACCAGACAAGCAGUAGCGGCAGCUCCAUGGUGUCGGUUGAGAGAGAGAAGACGCAAAAACAAAACAAAGGGUUGUCGCAUGCCGGUGAAAAGGGAUACUCGGUCAUUGUGUCCAAGGCGGGAGACUGGACGUCCAAGAUCAUCGCCAAUCCGCCCACGCACAUCUACACGAGGGGCACGCCGCAAUUUGGCGUCAUGAGAGUCGCUGGCAUGUUUGAACCGUGCGUCAUUGUUGCGACGGGAUCUGGAAUCGCGCCGUGCCUGAGUCUGUUUGUGCAAAAGCCAGACCACCCUGUGAGAAUCAUUUGGUCCACCAAGUCACCCUUGCAGACGUAUGGGCAGGACAUCAUUGAUCUGCUCUACGCCACCGACCCGCGUGCCAUCAUCAUUGAUACCUCCAAGGGCGGCCCCAAAUUCAAAAGGCCAGAUUUGGUCAAAUUGGCCUAUCGAGUUUGGGAGGAGAGCCAAGGAGAGGGGCCUGAGCAGUACGCGAGACUUGAGGGGAGAACCAACUCAACUGGACGAAAAAAGAUUGUCGGCAAGUGCGAGGCCGUGGUGAUUAUCAGUAACCAGAAGCUGACCAAGAAGGUGGUAUAUGGGCUGGAGAGCAGGGGCGUUCCUGCAUUCGGAGCCUUGUUUGAUUCCUGA